GAGAGAUAGGCUGCUUGUAGCGCAGUCAGCAUUAAAGUCGCGCGUUACCUCGUUUCACGGACAGGACAGCAAGUGUGAAAGUGUGUCAUGCCCCUCUGAGCUCGCGCAGACAUGCAGAACAAUUCCGUGAAGAGCAGAGACACCGGACAGCGCGUGUCCCGGGAUGGCAGAGGACACCGGGACUCUGUACGGGACGGUGACGCGGAGCACGUGCACGAGAAGCCCGCAGACAGGGAGCGCGAGACUCUGAUGAUGGAGCUCACGCGACUGGUGCAGAAGAGUGUGCGCGAGAGCAGCUGGUGGGAGAGGAGAGGACUGGACUGCAUCGUCCUGACCACAGCUUUCCUCUCUUUACCUGCAGGAUUUCUAUUGUUGGGUUCCUCUGAGCCGCUGUAUUUCCUGUUGGGUCUGAUGAUUAUGGGCGUGGCUCAUGCCAUCAUUACCAUUAAAGGGACUCAUCUGGCCAGUCACGGUGCACUCAGUGAAUCUCCAGCAUGGACCGACUUCUGGGCUGUUUUCUUCAUUGAAGUGUGUGGCUCGUUUUCUGCUCGAGCGGGUGUUCAGGCUCACGUGAAGAUGCAUCACGCUCACACAAAUGUCAUCGGUCUGGGAGACUCCAGCACCUGGAAAAUCCCUUUCCUGCCUCGAUCCGUGUAUCUGUUCAUCGCCCCGCUAGCUGUGCCCAUCAUCACUCCUGUUGUUGGCAUGGGUCAACUGAAGGGUCAGUCUCCGUUUCAGAUGGCACGCGCAGUGUUUUGUAUUAGUUUAGGCUUUUUCUCUCAGUAUUAUCUGCUCAGAUGUGUGUCCGGUCUGUCCUGUGGCUCCGCGCUGGCCGUCAUGCUUCUGUGUCGAGCCAUGUUCUCCCUUCCCUACAUACAUGUCAACAUCUUUCAGCACAUCGGUCUGCCCAUGUUUUCAUCAGCGUGUCGACCCAAAAGGAUCCAUCAGAUGACCCACGGUGUGCUGAACCUUCCCAGAAACCCACUGCUUGACUGGACCUUCGGCCACUCCCUCAUUAACUGCCAUGUGGAGCAUCACCUUUUUCCAUACCUGUCUGACAACAUGUGCCUCAAGGUGAAGCCCAUAGUGUCUCAGUAUUUAAAGGAGAAGAAGUUGCCGUAUCAGGAGGACGGUUAUUUCUCCCGUCUGUCUAUGUUCUUUCAUGAGUAUCAGGAGCUGAUGGUGUUCGCUCCUCCCAUCACUCAGCUGGUGGGAGUUCAAUAAAUGAGAAUGUGGACAUUUUUA